AUGAAAAGUAAGAGAACAUCUUCUUCUUCACAACAACAACUGCUUUCUUCCCCAAAAUCAACAGUAAUGGUUGAAGCAGCAGAAGAUGAUUUUUAUUUACCUGAUGAGUGCUGGGAACAUGUAUUCAAGUUCUUCAUUAUAGAUAAAGACAACAACAACGACAACAACUACUACAACCAGUUCUAUCGUUACUUGAAGUUGGAGUCUCUCUCGCUCGUCUCCAGACAGUUUCUUUCCAUAACCAACCGUCUCCUAUUAUCUAUUCGUAUUAAUGGUCGAACACUCCCUUUUCUUCCUCGCCUCUUCCAAAGGUUCACCAACCUCACCUCCCUCGAGCUUAGAAACUACUGCGGUGACAUCCACAAGUAUCUUGACCAAUUAUCUGGUUUCUCAUUGAAUUAUGAAAGCACCAUUCCCGCUAAUGGGUUGCAAGCUAUCUCUCAAAACAUUUCAAAUUUAACCUCUCUUAAAUGUUACUCCGUUGAUUUUCUCAAUAAUAACACUAACAUGUUCCACAUCGCCCAUUGUUUCCCCAAUCUGCAGAUGCUUGAUUUGAGCUGUUGCUUUAACGUACCUGCAGAAGGUAUUGGUCAUGUUUUAAACACAUGUUGUAACAUUAGACAUUUGAACUUAAAGCUCUGUUGUGGUGUCAAACUACAUGGAAUGAACUUUAAAGCUCCCAAGCUUGAGGUGUUGAAUUUGUCAUAUACAAUAGUUGAUGAUGAAACACUCUAUAUGAUCUCAAAGAGUUGUCGUCAACUUUUGCAACUAUACCUUCGACAUUGUUAUUGUGUCACAGAAAAAGGAGUAAAACAUGUAGUAGAAAACUGCACACAACUUAGAGAGAUCGAUUUAAGGGCUUGUACUGGAGUGCAUGCUCAUGUCGUUGAAUCAAUGGUAUCUUCAAGGCCAUCAUUGAGAAAGAUAGUAUGA